AAAAAGGCUCCCUUUCUAUACGGGCCGCUUCAAUCUCCGCAUCCCACGCAGCUCGGGUUACCUCGUCACUCAUUCACUGACAAAUUGGGCGGCAGCUGUUUAGCAGCUGUUGUAGAUGCUCGGCCAGCUAAAGGUACCCGCUAAAUGAAAGAGAGGGGAAAGAGGGAGAAGAAACCUGUAUUGAUUCGCUUCUACGGAGUGACAUCCGACUUGAAUGCAACCGCAACCGGCAGUUUGUUGCCAUGUACCCGCGCUAUUGUUGCUGUUUAUGGCCUUUUGGCUCUUUCUUUCCAUCAAAUGGUGGCUGCUUCUUUCCCCGCAAAAUGAAUGCGGGAAGGAAGACGCAUCAUUAGCCCGAUUGGCGAGGGGACCUGGCCAAUGGGAAUUCAGCUUGGCGGUUUACCCGUGUGUGGAACCAUUAUGACGAUUUGAGUGUUGAUGACGCAGGCAAAAAAAAAAAAAGAACUUAAAGAUUGCUUCUUUGUGCGGCGGUGGUGACCUGUUUAUGGAGCAAACACGAGAUACUACCUAUUACCUGCUAGUAAUUAUAGAUUUGAGACGAAGAAAAAUUGGUUGCAUAUAGUAGUAGUAAAUUCCCUUAAUAAUUAUUAAAUGCCUUAAAGAUAUUAAGUGUAAUAUUAUAAGCCUUAAUAUUUAUAAUAUUAUACUAGGACAUUUGAAAAUAUGAACUUGGGUAUUAUAAGGAACGGAAAAAAAAAAAUAGAUGAGCAAGUAGCAAUUGCACGUUUCGAUCGUGCGACCUCCGGGUUAUGAGCCCGGCGCGCUUCCACUGCGCCAAAUUGCUUUGUGACUUGCUUAGGUUAGAGCGGGCGGUAAUUGGCUUACGAAGGUACAGCCAAAUUGAGCACACUAUCUGAGCCUUGAAAUACAGCACCACUAAACAUUCAUGUUCCAAAAACAGAGAAAAAAUGGUAAACCAGCACAUCUCUUUCAGUUUUCAAGGCAAAUUUGAAGCAAUAGAUCAAAUUUGAUACCUAAUUUUUGCACAUUAGCGCUUCAAGGUAAAUUGUACGGGGGUAUUGCAGCCUCCAGCAUUCAUUAGCCAAGCUUCAAACAGCAUUCGCCGCCUAUCAAUCUACCACGUGCUAUAAGCCGCCGGCACACCGUCUUCAAAUGAACCAAAAAAAAAAGAGGAGAGUAAUAGGCGUUAUUCUCAAUAUAUGCCCACGUAAUAUUGUAGACAUAUAAGAUCAAGGAGCGAAAGAGAAAGAAAAAAUGAAGAAAAGAAGAGUUAGGUAUCACUGAAAGGUUCAAAAAAAAAAAAAAUAACAAAAUCCACCAAUAUCUUUCUCUUAUCCAAUAAAAGAUUUCCUGGUUUCCUUUUCCUCCUCUCUUUCCCAUUCCACUUCAAAUCAUUCCCCCUUCACUUCACUUCCAGUCCUAAUAACGUGCAGUAAUAAAAACAGACAUCUUGCUGCCUUUCCACCCAGCUUGCAAUAAUCUUCUUCCUCCCCCGUAAAUGGCCAUGAAUAUAAUAAUAAUAAAGAAAAAUAAAUAACAGUAAGAUAAGGGAUAAAAAAAAAAUACGGAAGAGUGUGACAUAUUCCCCGCUAGUGUAUAUGUGUUAAGAUAAAACAACGCAAAUAGCAGCCGAGAGCUUCACUGCUGAUGAAUAAUGAAGGUGAAAGCCGUAAGAUGCCGUAAUCAUGCAUGAAAAGGUGCCCGGGUCGAUUCGGGCAGCCUAAACCGAGGAGUCAACUCGUAUGUAUUUGUUGAAUCAAAGACCGACAGCCAGGCAGAUGAUGAUGAUAAUAUAAGAAAAAAAAGAAAGAGGUUGGGCGAUAAUAAUAAUAAUCAGUACUUUGGCAAAUUGAAGGCCGCUUCAAAUAAGUAACCUGAAAAAGAGUUGGCAAAAAGGUUCUCAGCGCGGUGCAAAACGAAUUAAACAAAGAUGAUGAACUGGGGUGUUUAUAGUAUUAACUUUUUGAG